AUGUGCAUCUUGGUGCCCCAAUUAUAUGAUAUUUUGGUCGUGGAAAGACGAUCCAUUCACCGUCCUGCAAUUAUGAGUGUGCUCACAUUUUCGGCUAACGAUGUGUUUUUGGACAAAAUAUGCUUAAUCAUUUCAUCCCGCGACCCCACCUUCUCCAGCCUGCGAAUUUUAUCAGCGUUGAGCCGUAUUAAACUUCUCGAUUUCCAUCGGAUCCAAAUCCACAGGCUGUAUGGAGGGCUGCGAUCGCUCAAAAUAAAUAUAAAUUGUCUCACAGACUAG